AUGUUGUUGAAAGCACUCAAUUUCUCUAAUCCCUCGAUCCACCACCACACACCAUCCCUCACCACCACCUCCCGUCGCUUGCUUCACGAUCUCCGCCUCCCAAUCCAACGUUUGUCGUCACGGGCAGUACACUCACACUACAAUUCAACAACGGCGGCAUCUGUUGCAGAAUCGGAAUCACCAGAGCCGUCGAUUUCAUCCGAGUACAUAGAGACCGUCGGAUUACCGUCUAAUUCAGUGCUUCAACUCUCCCAAUGGAAUCUCACACAUCGCCACAUUCUCGUCCUCACUGUCAUUGCUUGCACUGCAGCUGUUUCAGCAACCUGGCUGUUUUUAUCUGCAAUCCCAACUCUUCUUGCUUUCAAGAGGGCCGCAGAAUCGCUUGAGAAGUUGAUGGAUGUAACGAGGGAAGAACUUCCUGAUACAAUGGCUGCUGUUCGGUUAUCAGGCAUGGAAAUUAGUGAUCUUACUAUGGAGCUCAGUGACUUGGGACAGGAGAUUACACAAGGUGUUAGAAGUUCUACUAGAGCUGUCCGUGUAGCUGAGGAGAGGCUGCGCCAAUUGACAAAUGUUACUCCAACAGCUUCAUUGCAGGUGGUAGCCAGUCCAAAAAAUGAGACAGGAGGACCGGCUUUGGCCAGGACUGCACGGGGAAUGAGGGAGGGGAUUGUCAAGGGUCAAGGUCUUGAAUUCUUAGACAUGUCAGAUGUUGAAAGUCUGUUGUGGGAGCUGCAAUGCAACUGCUUCACAUGUGAUGUGAAGUAUAGUUUUGUUCUAACUUUUAUAGAGGUUAGCUGUGGAUUUGAUGACAUUGCAUAUGAAAAGAAUGAUCAACAUAACGAACGAAACCCUAAGGGUUCUCUGUGA